AAGAGGAAGUUUGGACUUUGAGGUCAACGCAAGUUAUGCGGUUGUGACAUUUAUUUUAGGAGAACAUAGAGAAUGCCAGAUCCCAGCAUGCGUCCAAGAAAUGAGUUGGCACCAGCGCCUCGUCCGUGGCAGAACAUGUGGGAAUAUCUGCUGAUAAUUAAUGUUCUAAUUUCUGUUGCGAGAGGUGAUUUGGAAAGGAGGAAAGACCAAGAUUUUUUCUGGAAAUCAGGUACCUGGGGCCGGUGUAUAGGGGACUGCGGACAGGGAGGUGUUCAGAGCCGAUCUGUUUGGUGUGUGCAUGAGGAAGGCUGGGUCACUCAUAACUCUAACUGCAAAUCCAGGGACAAGCCGCAAAAUCAGAGGGGCUGUUUCAAAAUAUGUGACUGGCACAAGGACCUCUUCCAAUGGGAGGUAAAGGAAUGGGAAAUGUGUGUCCUUGUUCCGUACCCUCAAAAUGACUUAAAAACAAGGACCUCAGAGUGUGUCACUGCCCAACAUGGGCUACAACGUCGAAAAGUGGAAUGCGUACAAAAGGUAAAUCAUUCCAUUGCACUGAGCGAGAUCUGUGAGUAUUUCACACCGCGUCCUCCUACAGAACAGGCUUGCCUUGUACCCUGCCCCAAAGACUGCGUGGUAUCGGAAUUCUCGCAGUGGUCAACGUGCAGCAGGAGCUGCGGGAAGCAACUUCAACACAGAACUCGUUCCGUCAUAUCGCCUCCUUUGUACGGUGGUUUGGAUUGUCCAAGCCUCACUGAAUCAAGAAUGUGUGAAUUUCAGGGGGUUUGUUCUUUCGGAGAUGAGGAAUAUACCUACAGCCUUAAAGUUGGACCGUGGAGUGAAUGCAGGUUGCCUCAUUUAAAGGAAAUUCAUUUGAGUGGAAGGACCAUGUUGGAUUUCAGCUCAGACUCCAAGGAAAGGAGUACAUUUAAACAGGAAAGUCACAUCUUUCAAACGUCUUCCAAUGUGUGGGACCUAGAAAUCGGUUAUCAGACAAGGCAGGUUAGGUGUACGCGGAGUGAUGGAAAAAAUGCCCUGCUCAGUAUUUGCUCCCAGGAUAACAUGCCCGUGCAAUACCAGUCAUGCAUCGUUCCCAAAGACUGCGAGGUAACAGAAUGGUCGGCGUGGAGCCGAUGUUCAAAGACCUGCCGCUCUUCGGACGUGGCUCCGGGAUACUGGAGCAGGAGUCGAGACGUGAAGCGCGUAGCUAUAGGAGGCGGAAGACCAUGCGCGAUGCUCAAAGAAAAUGAAGCAUGCAAUGUGCAAGAAGAUGUCCUUCCACCGUGCCCUUGGUUCUUUUGGAAGACCUCCGAGUGGAGAGAAUGCCGAGUGUCUGUCGUCUCUGAUACUCACGGCGUGGAAAACGCGGCUCUCUGUGGCGGAGGCACUCAGACUCGUGAAGUAUUUUGUGCUCAGAUUAUUGAAGAAAAUGGAAGAGAGGAAGUCUUUAGGCCUGUUGAUCGGAAGUUCUGCGUGGAACCCAGACCUUCCGCUUCCCAGCUAUGCAGCAUCGCUUGUUCGAUGGAUUGUUUGCUCUCUGCUUGGUCUGAAUGGGGACAAUGCGUUUACGAAAACUGCCUGGAUCACCAGGGGAGAAAAGGUGUUAAAUUGAGGAGAAGGCAUAUUAUUGUUGACGCCACGGGCCCUGGUGGAAAUUGUCCCCAUUUAGUGGAGUCGAUCCCAUGUGAUAAUCCGGUUUGUUAUAAAUGGGCAGUGUCUGGAGACUUACAAUGUGUUCCGGAGAAUGGAGAAUGUGGACAUGGUAGAUACCAGGUCAACACCACCUGCCAGGAUGAGAAUGGGCACGCUGUCUCCGACAAGCUGUGUGUUGAUGAGCCCCCCGUGCAGUUAGUUUGCAAAGUCCCUUGCGGCCUGGAUUGUGUGAUUAGCGAGUGGUCACGCUGGUCACAAUGUUCCCGUUCCUGCUCUACUAAAAACGCGGAAGGCAAACAAAGCAGAGUCAGGUCGAUUCUCGCAUAUCCUGGAGAAGGUGGGAAAUCCUGUCCUUCUAGUCAAGCACUAUAUGAAUAUCGCUUGUGUAAUAGUCACCCUUGCUCAGUUUUCUACUGGGAGACAUCGCCGUGGAGUUCAUGCGCCGCAGAUACAACAGCUUCGUCAUUAAAUGUCACCUCAAACAUUGAAGCUCAUUGCGGAUUAGGAGUACAGAUCCGUAGCGUAUUCUGUAUGAAGAGCAACGCUGGACAAGUCACCAAUAAAAGAUGCCCUGAAUCUACAAGACCGGAAUCAAUGCGGCCCUGUCUUCUGCCGUGUAAAACAGACUGUGUUGUCACCCUUUUCAGCGAAUGGACGGCUUGUCCUACUUCUUGCCUGCCCGGGAAUGCAACGUCAGUGAAGCAGUCACGCUACAGGAUAGUUCUACAGCAAGCUGCUAAUGGAGGUCAGGAGUGCCCCGAUACCCUUUAUGAGGAGCGGGAGUGUGACGAUGUCCCCAUCUGUUGGAUAUACAGGUGGGACACACACCCGUGGGGUCAAUGUGUGCUGGUUCCAGAUUCGGUGAGACUGGGAUUAGUGGGAAUUACGGAAUCAUGUGGCCGAGGUCUACAAUCCAGAGAUAUCAUGUGUGUUUCCAGUGAUGGUCUAUCUGUCGAUGUGACCGAAUGCCAUCGGUGGGCUGGCCCAAUGCCCCAUUUGGUCCAGGAAUGCCACCUACCUUGCAAAGAUGACUGUACCUUUACCCCAUGGUCUAAAUUUAGCUCCUGUUCCACUGACUGCACGCAGUCUCGAGUGAGGAGGAGGGCUCUCACAGGAAGAAGCAAGAAACGUGAAAGAUGUCAAAAUACAGCAAUUUAUCCUCUAGUUGAAACGGAGAUGUGUCAUUGCGGACUUUAUAAAUCUCAGCCUUAUGGAAAUUGGUCGGACUGCAUAAUACCAGGAGCGACACCAGAAAGUCAAUUAGGAGGGAAUAAAGCGGAAGGCGUCAGACUCUGCGGGGAAGGAUUAAGGUUCCGAGAUGUCGCUUGCUACGAUUUAACUGGAAGAAUAGUAGAUCCAGCGCUCUGUAGCCAUUCCGGUUAUAUAAAGGAAAUAUGUGAAGUUGCCUGUCCUUUUGACUGUAAAAUGAGCGAAUGGUCCAACUGGUCCGCCUGCACGUCGUCCUGUGGAACUGGAGUCAAAAUUAGGAAAAGAUGGUUAAAGGAGAAGCCUUACAAUGGAGGCCGCCCAUGCCCAAAACUGGAUAUUAAAAACCAGGUGUAUGAGACAGUCCCGUGUUCCAGUGAAUGCCGUCAGUAUUCAUGGGUGGCAGAACCGUGGUCAGCUUGCAAACUCCACAGCGAAGAAAAGUCUGCCUGCGGGGAAGGAAUACAAAUCAGGAACGUUCGGUGUGUAAGUGUAUCAGAAAAUGGUGAAGAUAUCUUUGUAAAUGAUACAUAUUGUAACCAGCGAGAAAUGGUCCCUACGACACAAAAGUGUACGCUGUCCUGCCCUGGGGAGUGUGUGAUGUCAAACUGGGGUCCGUGGAGUCCUUGUCCAAAGUUCUGCAAUUCAAACCACAAGAGGACAAGAACCAGAUUCCCCCUAAGAAUCCCAACCAAUGGCUAUAAAUGUCCGGAGGACUCGCAAGCGGAUUCUUGUGUUCUCAAUAGCAAUUGUUUCCAUUAUAGUUACAAUGUAACAGACUGGAGCGCCUGUCAGCUAAGUGAAAAUGCUUCAUGCGGAGAAGGUAUCAGAACCCGUCUUUUGGAGUGUGUCCGCAGUGAUGGAUUACCAGUGAAAAUGUCCUUCUGUGAACAGGUCAAACUGGAACAUCCUUUAAAAAUGAGCAUGCGUUGCCUGGUGGAAUGCGCAAUUGACUGUCGUCUUUCACCGUGGUCUCCUUGGUCCCCCUGUUCCCAGACAUGUGGCAUUGGGGGGCAGAUGGUACGUUCGCGGCAAAUUGUCGUGCAAGCGCUCAACAAUGGAAGACCAUGUCCGACACAGCUCAACCAGUACAAAAGCUGCCCGAUUUACCCUUGCUACACAUGGAGCUUCGGAGAAUGGUCCAGCUGCAUGAUUGAGAAUGGCCAAUGUGGGGAAGGUUUCAAGACUCGCAACCUCACAUGCGUGGUGCACGAUGCUUCGCCAUCCGCGGCCAGAAAACCGGUAGAGCCGCGGCUGUGCGGAGACAUGCCUUCAGCCGAAGAUCAGUUCAAACUACUUUGCAAUGUGCCUUGUCCAGGUGACUGCCACCUGUCAGACUGGUCCCGGUGGAGCUUGUGUGAAUUGAGCUGCAUUGAUGGAAGAAAUUUCGAAACGGUUGGUCGCCAGUCGAGAUCGCGAACAUUUAUUAUUCAGUCUCUAGAGAACCAGGAGACCUGUCCAAAGCCGGUCGUAGAAACACGGCCAUGUGCAGGGGGGAAAUGCUUCAGAUACACGUGGAAAAUGAGCCCAUGGAGGGACCGUAGACGCGAUGUCUGGUGCCAGCGCUCCGACGGGAUGAAUGUAACAGGGGGGUGUCCAGUCCAGUCCCAGCCGGCCUCGGUCCGAGUCUGCGACCCGCCGUGCACAAAGCCGUUUUCCUACUGUAUGCAGAGCGGGGUCUGCGGCUGCCAGCAGGGAUACACAGAGAUAAUGAGGUCUAAUGGAUACCUAGACUACUGCUUGAAGGUCCCAGGCACCGAAUCUAAGAAAGCCGACGUGAAAAAGAUUGUAGAGAAGAGCCGACACACCAAUUCCAAGAUCCCAGACAUUUUUAAAGGCUGGUCGAUCCAACCCUUUGACCCAGAUGGAAGAUUAAAGCUUUGGGUAUAUGGGGUAUCAGCCGGCAGCUUCGUCAUAAUCGUUUUCCUUAUACUGUUAUCCUACCUAAUCUGUAAGAAACCCAAAGAGCACAUGAGCCUUUUUCCUCAGCAGAAGCCGCUAACGUUUGCGUAUGACGGAGAUUUAGACAUGUGAAGCCUGAAGAGUAUUUGGAAAUAUAGACACGCCUUACCUCCUGUCUGGAUUGUAACAAAGUCAUGGAGUCCUUCCGGCAAAACAUGGUUAUAUAUAAAACACAGGUCUUGAAUUUUGCCUCGGGGAAUAACAGUCGGAGAGCACGCCAUCUUUGUUGUUGUUUCUUAAAACUUCAGAUGAAAGAUCGGACGUAGCGGUCGGAACGCGCGUGACAAAAAUCCCUUCUUCACAGACAGGAUCCUGAACGAAAAAAAAAACAAAUGCAACCCUAAUAAAGAAA